AUGAAGAGACUGCUGUGCCUUCGACACACCCACCGUGUGGACGUCCUGACGGACAUGGAGCCGGGGCUCUGGCUGAGGCGCUUCCAGCUGCUGGACACAGAGGUCACUGAGGACCCAGUGCAGGAGUGGGGGGAGGAGGUGGAAGAGGGGGCCGUGUUCGGCAUAACGCUAUGUAGGGAGCCUGUGCUCCCCAGCCCCUCCACCCAGGACCCCUCAGAGCCUCUCACUAUGUCCCAGUCGACUCCAUCGGCUUUCAACUUCAUCCAGUACCACACAGUGAAGGUGCGUCGGUUGAAAGCGGGGACCCUGGAGCGCCUGGUAACCCACCUGCUGGACUCAGAACACCAGGAAUCUGACUAUGUCAGAGUGUUUCUGUCCACCUACAGAACCUUCACCACCACCAACACACUCAUAGAACUGCUCUUCCAGAGGGAUGAUAUGAUUGCCAACCUGGACAACACAGUCUGCCCAAGGAGCACCCUGGUGCCCCUGAUCAGAACCUGGCUAGAGGAACACAGGGAGGACUUCAGGGAACCCCCUCGGCACCCCUCCCUGAGGCUGCUCUGUUUCCACCUCCGCCACCGCCUCGCCUUCCGUCGCCUCGCACAAACAGCUGAGACGUUGCUCAAGAAGCUCCAGGAAGAAGAUCGCAUUAGUCUGCAUCAGUCUUCACCAAUAGAUAAUAGUGAUUGUCAGCAGAAAGAGGAGGGGUCAGGAGAGGAGGGAUCAGGAGAGGAAGUACCGAAGGAGGUGACUGGAGACUUUAUGGACUUCCCUGUCAUAGAAGUGGCAGAGCAGCUGACACAAUUGGACGCUGACCUCUUCAUCAAGGUGGUCCCAUUCCAGUGCCUGGGCUGUGUCUGGUCUCAGCGGGACAAGAAGGAGAGCCGCAACGUGGCGCCCACCGUCCGCGCCACCAUCGCCCAGUUCAAUGCUGUCACCAACCGGGUCAUCACCUCCCUGCUGUGCUCCUCGUCAACUUCUCCGAUCUCUGUCUCCUCCUCAACCCCGAGUCUGUCUACGGCCCCUAGCUCCCCUCUCCUCCCCCACACCAGCCCCACCCUCAGGGCGAGGGUGAUAGAGCGGUGGAUCGCCAUAGCACAGGAGUGCAGAAUGCUGAAGAACUUCUCCUCUCUGAGAGCCAUCCUGUCAGCCCUGCAGUCCAACGCUGUGUACCGCCUCAAGAAGAGCUGGGCUGCCGUCAACAGGGAUUGUAUGGCCUGUUUCGACCAGCUGUGUGAGACGUUCCCAGAUGAGAACUGUGUUCUGACCAGCAGAGAGAUCCUGGUGGAGGAUGGCAGCCAGCCGGAUGACAACGCCGCCCCCAAGUCACCCCAGCUGUUCCCCAUGUCUAAACAGAUGAGCCCGACCAGUGGUGUAGUCCCCUACCUGGGCACCUACCUGACAGUCCUCACCAUGCUGGAUACUGCACUCACAGACACAGUAGAGGGUGGCCUCAUUAACUUUGAGAAACGUAGAAGGGAGUUUGAGAUCCUGUCUCAGAUCGGCCAGCUGCAGGCGUUCUGCUCCUGCUACAGCCUCCCGGUAGACCAGACCAUCUCAGCCUGGCUGCAGAACCACACCAUGCUCAAUGACCAGGAGAGUUAUGAGCUGUCCCGUGCUCUGGAGCAUCCGGUCGACCCUUGUCCAAACUCGCCCUCUUCCUGGAGCCAGCGCCUGCUCAACAAGAAGCUUGCCUCGUUGCUGUCGGGCACUGAUGUCUCCAGCAGAAAGACCCAUUCAGACCAGCUCAGUGUGUCGUCAUCAGGCUCCAGUGGUUCUGAGAUGGAGGAUCUGUCCUCACCACAGCCAUCUCCUCUCAGAGUCAAACUCAAGUCUCUGUCAGGCUCCCUCCACAACGUGUCUGAAGGCCUCUCCUCCAACACCACCUCCCCCACUCCCUCCAACGCCUCCUGCAGCUCCUCCCAGCCCGACCUCUCCUACUCCUCUAUGGCCAUGAGCCCUGACUGCUCUUCCUCCUCCUCCUGUUGCUCCUCCUCCUCUCCUCCGUGCUCUAAGCCCGUCUAUAACAAGCAGGUAGCCGACUCCUGCAUCGUGAGGGUGAGCGUGGAGUGCGGCAACAACGGCAAUGUCUAUAAGAGCAUUCUGCUGACCAGUCAGGACCACACUCCUCAGGUGAUUCAGAGGGCCCUGGACAAACACAACCUGGAGAACAUGAGCUGUACAGACUUCAGCCUCACACAGCUGCUGUCCCAGGACAAAGAACUCCAGAUCCCUGACAAGGCCAACGUGUUCUACGCCAUGGCCACCUCGGCCAACUACGACUUUGUCCUCCGCCAGCGCUGGAGGAGCCACAGCAGACGCCUGGGCACUUCUUCUAGCCCCGGGGCCCAGGCCAGGGGACGCCAUGCCAAGUAGACGGCACCACAGCUCCUCCGCCUAGUCUGGAGGGAGAACUACAGCAAUAGAGAAGGGUGGAAGUGGAAUUGUGCCCCACUGGAACCAUGGCGUAUUCACUGUAACUGAGCUAGCUGCUAAUGCUUGGUAGAAAUGCACAUUUAAGCCUUUCAUUGGCCACAGCCUGAGAACUUGCAUUGUGAACACCAUUAUGAAGCUUCUGCACCAGGACGUGGUUGACUCAUCAUUGGAAAGGAGAUUAUUUUGAUACUCAUGGAUUCAAGGAUGGGACUAGAUGCAUUCCAGGAGGUUCCAUAUUGAAGGAUUGAAAACCAAGAGAGAUAAAUAUGCCAAGAGGUGCUGUUUUGAGGGGAUAAGUAUGUGGAAGAUGGAGUACUCGGAGAUUGAAACUGAACAGGUGAGUUGAAGUAACGAAAGCAGACAUUUUGUGGCCUUAUAUCCACUUCGGUGGAUUGAAGCCAUAUGGAUGUCAAUGGAAGACAUGAGAAAUCAACCACAACCAUUUUCUACACGACUAACACCAGCUAAUGUCAACAAAUAUGCUAUGGCACUUUAGAAUGUUGACCAGUGUAUCGAACCAACACUCCAAAUGUACUGCAUGUCAUUAAUUUAGCUCCGAACAGCAAAGACUAUUAUCAACACAAGGGACUAUGCAUCUACUUAUUUGUGAAAAAAAGGAUCCUGGAGGAAGGAAAUCGCCCUUCUCCAAAUAGGUGUUAUCUUCCAACAUAAAGAGCAUGCAGGUCAUUGACCCUGGGUCGAUGGAAGUGUCCAACAUGAUUGAGUGGGGUGUGUAGGUCUCACAUAAUGAUGCAGUCUGUAUGUGCUGAGGGGAUGACCAUUCACAUGGCCCACACCCCUGGGUACGUGGUUCUAACAUUUCAGAAAGUGAGGAAGGAAAGGUGCAUUUAAGUAUUGGAGCAGGAUGUGUUCUGUAGGCUUUAGAUAUAUAUACACAGACCCAGACAAAAAUGAAUAACAACAGUAGAUAUGACAGUGUUAUUAGCAAUAUGUAUAUAGACCAGAUCGUUUCAGUAAUUAUUCUCAGUGCUAUGUUGCAUUUCAGUGUUUCAGCUUUGACAAAUUAUAAAGUGAUGUUAUUUGCUUGUAAUUUUUAUGAGUCUGAAUUGUUCAAUGGAGGGAGGGGCAGUGCAGUGCCUGGUAAAUGUACAGUAUGUUUAAUGUCUUAACUAUAAUAGGAAGAUGGCACUUUAAGUCUCUUAUCAGACUGUUUAUUUUGAAUGUCAAAUGAAGGAUAUAGACAGUGUACAGAACAUUAAGGACUCUUUCCAACACUGACCAGGUGAAAGAUAUGAUCCCUGAUGUCACCUGUUAAAUCCACUUCAAUCAAUGUAGAUGAAGGGGAGGAGACAGGUUCAUGGCUUUUUAAGCCUUGAGACAAUUGAGACAUGGAUUGUCUGUGUGCCAUUCAGAGGGUGAAUGGCAAGACACACGAUUUAAAUGCCUUUCAACAGGAUAUGGUAGUAGAUUGCAGGCACACCGGUUUGUGUAUGUCAAGAACUGCAACGCUGCUGGGAACGCUAUCGACACCUUGUAGAGUCCAUGCCCCAACAAAUUGAGGUUGUUCUGAGGGAAAUGGAGGUGGUGCAACUCAAUAUUAGGAGGGUGUUCUUACUGUUUUGUACACUGUGUUAUUCUAUAUGUGACUACAGGCUUUCUGAAGAAAUGCAGAAAAAGAGAGUGGAGGAGGGAUAGGGUUUCCCACAAACAAUGUCUGAUAACCCCCCCCCCUGGUUAAAACAGGCCCAUUUGAUUUCAGUGGGGACAUGACUACAUGAGAAUGACAUUGCAUGUGGAUGUUGAAAGACACAGAAUGUGAUGGUGUUAUUUAUGGUGAAUUCAUUACCGGUGUGAGGGCAGUGGGUGGUUGGUGAAUGUGGGUAUUGCUGAUAGUGUUGUGAAGUGUAGAACUGUUUACAAGUCAGAUGGGGAGACAACAGAGAACAAGCAUGAAUUGACCUUUUGUGCUGCUUAAGAUUUAGCUGAAACCCCUAGUGUUUUAUUCGGAGAGACAUUUGUCGUGUGUGUACAUUUUACUAAACUUGUGAGGACCAGAAGUCCUUACUAGAAUAGUAAACCAACAAAACUUCAGAGAAGUGAGGAUGUUUGGCCGGUCCUCACUUAUAAAAAGGCUAUUUUAGGGUUGGGGUUAGGGAAAAUAGGAUUUUGAAUGGGAAUCAUUGUUGGUCCCCAAAACGUCCUCACGAGUAUAGUAAGACAUAGUUGGGUGUUUUAAUUCAAGCACUUUUCUCUCAAUGUCACUGUUUUAAACUAUGGGAUAUUAAUGAAUAAAGAUUAUACUCAACUCAUGUUGACUUUGCAUUAUAUCUUACACACUAGUCACCUAGUCCAUGCUAUUUGUCACCUAGUCCAUGCAAAAAAAUAUAGCUUUAUUUUACAUGAUAGUUGUGAUAGGGUAGGAACAUUAGUUUUGGUCAGUCUUUCCCCUGGGACUAAAUAGGGAGGGACCGGUUAAAAAGUAAACAAAAGCGUCCCUUAGACGUAUGCAGGUGAGCAUUUUUGUACCUGAAGUUUGUAGAGACUGUGUGGUGUCGUUGCUAUGCUGUGUCUGAGAACCAUUUGGAGAACCAUGCUGUUUGAAGAAAUGUUUUGGGUGUGGUAAGGUAAUUCCACUAUGUGUUUACUUCGAUUGUUAGUGUUUUUGUUUAUUGAGUUUGACAGACUAAUGCAUUAUUUAUUGCUUUAUUAAAAUGUUGCUUUAAUUAAAAUGCCUUACUGUCACUGCAGUAGUAUCUUUGUUUGAAGUUUAUUCUGUUUUAUAGAGAUGUGAUAUUGAACCUGUCCUCCAUUGAAAUGCAGUGGCUGACUUUGAGCUUUGAAUAAAUAAUGUAUGACAUUUGAGCAAUGCUCUUUCUCGCCACAUGGUGGCACUACAGUCUGAGUGGAACUAUGAAACCGAUAGAGCUGGCCGGUGUCAAGUAUUAUUUGACAAAGAGCCAAAUGGAUAUUGAAAAGUAUCGGUGUAGUUAAACACCCACCCCUCGCAAACAAUGCUAUCCAAAACGGUUUACACCCCUUUUGUUGGCAAAUCUACACAGUUGUCCAUGUCUUAUGUAUGUUCAUAUGAUACUAGGGGUCGAAGCCCGACUGAGUUCGCCCACAUUUUUGUAUUUUUAGUCUUGAAUCGCAGUCCGUAUUGCCCCCGUUCUGGGUCCGGUUCCGGCCAGCGGUCCGCUUGUUGAGGAGGGAGGGGUGAUAGGAGACUGGUCUGCUGAUCUGCUGACUCCAGUCUGUAUUUCAACCACUAGUGGGCAGAAGAGCUUUAUACAGUCUAUUGGAGACAAAGAAC